AUGUCAUCACCAUAUGUAGAUUUCGACUCCUUGCCCCAGGUCCAAGGGCAGCCACACGGCAACACUUGGGGGUUGUGGGGACAAAACGAUGAAUUAGGCACCCUAAACUACCUCACGCCCGACGUGGUAAAGCGUGCAGUCCAGGAGGUCAAGGGCGGCAUCUCAAUCCAGCUAGACCUCCGCUUAGACUAUUUUCAGGAACGCCUCGUGGGCAGGGAGCCGUUUGGACACCAGAUCAUUGACUUCAAAGAGCGGCUGAAAGGCACACCCGACGAAGUCUUUGGGCACGAUGACGUGAUCACACUCAACACGCAGAGCAGCUCGCAAUGGGACGGCUUGCGACACAUCGCGGUCCAGCAUUGUGGGCUGUAUUACAAUGGGAUGAAGCACCGGGAUAUUGACGAGAAGCUCGAAGACGGGCGGCUGGGUAUUCACCGUUGGGCCGAGAGAGGUGGAAUCGUGGGGCGAGGCGUCCUGCUCGAUUACCACGCGUGGCGUGAGCAGACAGGCAAGCCGGCCGUCGUGGCCAAUUCCACCUUCUCCAUCACCACCGAGGAGUUGGAUCAAGUCGCCCAGCACCAGAACGUGCUAUUCCACGAUGGCGACAUCCUCAUCAUUCGAUCCGGCUUCACGGCGUGGCACGCACGUGCUAGCCCAGAAGAGCGUCAGGCGGCGAUACAACGAUCUACCUUUAUCGGCGUUGAGGCUUCCCUACAGUCUGUCAAGUGGUUGUGGAAUCACCACUUCUCCGCCGUUGCAGGGGAUACCAUUGCCUUCGAGAGCCAGCCCAUCAGCUUUGGGGUCGAGGGGAAGAUGAACCUGCACGAGUGGUUGCUGGGUCAUUGGGGUACGCCUAUUGGCGAACUAUGGGAUCUGGAGACGCUGUCAGAAGUGUGUCGGGAGAGGAGGCAGUGGUCGUUUCUAUUGACCAGCGCGCCGUUAAAUGUGUUUGGAGGUGUGGGAUCGCCCCCCAACGUCCUGGCAAUUCUAUGA